AUGCUCGCGGUUGCGGUAGCGCUUCAACUGGUUCUAAGUACAUCUGUAUUGCCUGAUAUUUGUAAGCUCAACAAUGGAAUGACAGAUGACGUCAGAAAGGCGUUCCUCAACGAGCACAACCAUCGUCGGUCAGAAGUUGCCAGAGGCCUCGCCAAUGAUAAAGCUGGUGGUUUCGCUCCGAAGGCAGCAAAAAUGUGGAAAAUGAAUUACGACUGUAAAAUUGAAGAGAGCAUUAUGGAGUGGGUAAGUAAAUGCAACUAUGCCCACUCUCAAAAGGAGGGAUACGGAGAAAGCAUUUGGGCCUCAAGUGACAAUCACAUGGAUUUGAAGAAAGCCGCGGAGUCUAGCAGCAGUAUGUGGUUCGCAGAACUAGAGGAGAGAGGCGUUGGAAAGGAGCUCAAGCUCACUGAACAACUAUUCAAUAGAAGAGUUGGGCAUUAUACUCAGAUGGUUUGGCAAGAUACUACAAAAAUUGGAUGUGCAGUAAAAUGGUGUGAUAAAAUAACGUUCGCAGCUUGUCAGUAUCAGACUCCAGGAAAUAUAAUGACCUACAAUAUAUACGAAAAAGGGGAGCCGUGUUCAAAAUGUGACUGCGAAAAGUGCCAAUGCAGAGACGGCGACGACGUGAAGAGUACAGUAGGAGCAGAAAAAAAGCCAGUGGGAGAAGGUGGGCAACAGAGCUCUCCAAUGGAGCCAGAGACAGGGUCAACUACGCCGAGCUGA